UGAACGUAUCGGUGUAUUUUCUUACGGUUUGAAAGGAUGGCUCGUACCAAGCAGACUGCUCGUAAAUCAACUGGUGGAAAGGCUCCACGUAAGCAGUUGGCCACCAAGGCUGCUCGUAAGAGUGCCCCGGCUACCGGUGGAGUGAAGAAACCUCAUCGCUACAGACCUGGAACUGUCGCUCUUCGUGAAAUCCGAAGAUACCAAAAGAGCACCGAACUGCUGAUCAGAAAGUUGCCAUUCCAACGUCUGGUUCGUGAAAUCGCUCAAGAUUUCAAGACCGAUCUAAGAUUCCAGAGCUCCGCUGUCAUGGCUUUGCAAGAAGCUAGCGAAGCUUACCUCGUUGGUCUUUUCGAAGAUACUAACCUGUGCGCAAUCCAUGCUAAACGUGUUACCAUUAUGCCAAAAGACAUUCAGUUGGCACGCCGUAUUCGAGGAGAGAGAGCCUAAACGAGCCUUCUUUUCUUUUUUCUAUAAACAAUCGGCCCUUUUUAGGGCCAAAAUUCUCUUCGAUAUAGGAACUUCAGGUUUUAGACUGCUAUCUUAAGAUAAUCAUUAUUUUAUUGCAUUGUGAAAAAGGUUCACAUACAAUUCCCGAUAAUUUGACCUGUUAUUCUUAAAACUAACGGUAUAAAAUAUGAUACACAUGGCUUAAGAUUUCUAUAAUUCGGGUGUUUACUUCUGCUUUUUUUUAAAUUAAGAUUCUAGACUUAUGAAUAGUUAUUAUUUAAUGAAAUUUUCUACUAAAUAUUUUAGGCGGACAUACUACUGUUUUCCACACAGAGUGGGGAACAUCUGUCGGGCGGCUGCCCCCUUUUGCGUUAGAUUCCUGAAAUUUUUAUGAAUUCAGAUGAAAUAAAAUGAAUAAAAACAC